GAUAGAGGAACAUAUGACGCUGUGGUUCACUCGACUUCCUGUAAAUUUAUGCUCAACCGAACAAGCAACAUGUGAAACAGACUCAGGUUUGAGAGAGUGACAAAAUGGAUGGCUGCUUUAGGACUGUGAAGUGUCCCCUGCACUCUGACAGGGAGCAGUAGUCCAUGGAGCUGCAAUGGACGCUGUGGCUGCUGGAAAAGUCCAUCUGUCUACAUUAAACUUUGAAGAGAAAUCGCUGAUCAGAGCUGAGCAGCACGAACUCCUGAGAGGCAAAAACAAUACCACGUCCUGCCGAAGCCCAACGCGAGAGUUUGACACAAAAUCGAUAAAGAAUGGGCUCAAAGAAAAGAGGCAAUUGGAGUUUCUGAAGAGGAGAUCCUUGAGUCCAGAAAUGUGUGGCUCAAAGUCGACUGAGAGACGAACCCAGCGCAGAUCAUCACCAAGAAUAUUUAAAUUGAGGCGUUAUACAUCAGAGAGUGAGAACAUAGAACAAUCCACUGCAAAUGGAUGUGCAGCUUUAACAUUACAGAGGAGUUUGAGUGAAUCUCCUACUUCCAGUAAAUGGACUUUAUUAUGGACUGAGCCUACACAGCACCAAACACAAAACCCACAGAUACAGAAGGAAAAAACUCCUGUGAAUGUGCGAACCACAAGUGUAAAAACCAUUCGAUCUGAAAAGGUUCAACAAAGGCUGAUUCAACAAAGUGAAGUUAUUCAAGUGAAGAAGAUGCUGAGAGAGGCCAGUGUACAGACAGAGUCUGGCUCUGUCACUGUUAGGGAAACAGAUCUACAGAAGUUAGAAGACUAUUUACAGGAAGCCCUUUGGCGCGAGCAGGUCUUAAAGAAAAAGCUGGCGUUGCUCCAGGAGAGUACCACCAACCUCAUGAACUCCUCUGAUAAAAUAUGGACGACCUGCUGCAGCGAAGACCUGCUGAGAAACAAAAUCCGGGCUCUGGAGGCACAGCUGCAUGUUUGUCUGCAGAAGUUUCCAAAGGAUGCUGUGAAGAAGCUGCUCUUACAGAUGGAGGGGCAGAAGUUGGUUUAUGAAGACAAGGCAGUUAUUGCUUUGCAAAAAGCCACACAGGAGAAAACUGAGGCUGUGACCAAAGCAGAGACACUCCAGGACGCUCUGAACACAGCUCAGACAGAGACACAGCGAUGGAAACGUCUUUACGAAGAACUCCGACUGAGCUCUGAGCAGCUCACAGAGCAACACAACCAGAGCAACGACCAACUGCUGCAACUGCACGACCAACUGGAGCUGUCCCAGGUCAGAGAGGCAGAGCUGAGGGAGGAGCUUGUGUCACUAAAGACACAAAACCAGGAGCUACAGUACAGCAUAUGUCUACUUGAAGAGAACAACGACAUAUUGAGAGAGGAAAUACAAAACUCACAAGAUGGCAGCACAGAGACUGAAGCCCUGAUGCAGCAAAUUUUGAUGCCUGUAGAAACUGAGCAGCGACUAAAAGAGAAGGGGUCACUUGAGGUCAACGAGCAGCUACAGCGGACUUUGGAGAAACUUCAACUUAAAGAAAAAGAGUGCGAGGAGCUGCAGACGGAGUUGAGUACCAUGGAGCAGGAGUGUCGGUCCACACAGACCCGACUGUCCCAGUGCAGAGACCAGCUCCGACAGAUCACCCACAGGACGGGGACAUCGGCGGGUGAGUGUUCCUGGCUGGGAUGGUGUCUGUCUCUCCUGGUGCUCUUGGCUCUGGUUGCGGUGGGGGGGUUGUUGUGGCUGUGGUACCCCCCGUUCAGAGAUCAGCUUCGGGACCUGUACUCCGACGUGGAGACUAGGAUCCAGGACUAUCUGCAUGACAUGUCCUCCCCACAACACUCAGGCUGUUUUAGACCUGUAUGAUGCUGUAUGAAGUUUAUUACGUAGUUUUUACAAUGUUUAUACUUUCAAAGACAAAGCUGAAUUUUGUUUGUAGGUACUUGAAUCUUUUAUGAUAAUUAUGUGAUGGUACUGUUUUGUAAUGAACUGUAUUAAAUAUUAAACUUGAA